AUCAAGAGAAGCAAUAAUUGAGGGGUCGAAAUGUCAUUUAAUACAAUGGAUGACAAAGGCAAGGAGUCAUUUUCCUCCAUCCAAACCUUAAAUCCAACCCGUACUCAGACACAUUUAUGCUGCUUCUGCUCGCAUUAGUUGACUUGCUAAUUAAUUUCGUGAUACUUUAUUUACCUAAGCUAAGUCACACAGGUAAACCGAGAGAGGAUCCUCAGUGCUCUUCAUCUUUUGCAGGAUUUUGUAAAUUGAAGCUCAAAAGUGGAGCGAGUUUAGCAGGAUGGAAGCAGCAAUUAUAGAGGUAGUAAAAAUUUGUCUAAGCUGCAGCUGCAACUGGUUAUUGCGCAAUUAUGCAUAUGUAAAGGAUAUCAAUAGUAAUCGGAAUAAGCUUAAGGAGGCCAAAAAAAUGCUGGUUGAUAAAAAGCGGGAUAUUGAAAGCGAUACUGAUAGUUCACGCAGGUCGGAUGAAUUGAAUACCUUGCUUCGAAAUGUGGCGACAAGAAUAGACGAAAUUGGAAGAGUGGAGAAACAACCUGUCACAUACUUGUGCGGAUUAUGUCCAUUUCGUCACUUGUAUAAGCUUGGAAAAAGUAUUGUGAAGAACACAAAUGAGGCAACUUCUCUGUACAAUGAGCUGAGAGAGUACAAUGAGCUGAGAAACAUACGCAGAAUGCCAACACCAACUCGUCAACGUCAAAAUCACAAGUGCGUGUGGGAAAAUCAAGAAACAAUAGUUAUGCAUUCAUCACUCAAAGAGAAAGUGGAAGAACUGCUAGGAUGGUUAAAAGAUAGUAGAUCGAAGAGAAUUUGCAUAAUGGGACCCGCUGGGAUAGGGAAAACAACAUUGAUGAAAACUGUGCGUGACAUAGUAAAAAAAUCUUGUGAUUUUGGGUUUGACCACAUCUUUUAUCUGUCUGCCACUGAAACAACAGAAAGCAAACAAAAAAAUAUUUGGGAUCUUUUAGGCAAAGGAAGGAAUGAAGACACCCAUCAUCGAGAAAGAGAAACUGUGAUAUCUGAGGAGCUACGGACAAAAAAAUAUUUGUUGUUUCUUGAUGACGUUUUGUCGGAGGUUAAUCUCAAGGAAGUUGGGAUUCAUUCUGACCAUGAAUAUGGAAGAAUAGUGUUCGCAUGCAGAGACAAAUAUACUGGUCACACUGAUAUCGAUAUGACACUUAAGCCGUUGUCCCCGGAGGACGCAACAAUGCUCUUCUGGAAAGCAGUGGGUUCGGAAAGGAUGAAAGGACCAGAUGCAAAAAAAAUUAUUGGAUUGUGUGGUGGCAUGCCGCCUAUACUCAAUUUAAUAGGCAGAUGUCUACGAGGAAAGGACGACCCUAAACGGUGGCGGGAUGUGAAGCGUCAACUGCAAUGUCCUAAUAUGCAAGGAUGGGAGGAAUUUCAAGAAUAUUACAACUUCCUCAAAAUUGUUUAUAAGGAGCUUCCUACUGAUGAGUAUAAGGAUUGUUUACUUUACUGGGCAAUUUUCCCUCUAGAUGAAAAUAUCAAUGGAGAUCAUAUAAUUGAGUGCUGGUCAACAGAGCAGUUUUUGGAACCUGAAAGGCUGUGUGAAGCACGUGAUAGAGGGUAUACCAUACUGGAUGAUUUUGUGGACAAAUUUCUGCUGCAAAAAGGAGAAACGUCGGAACACUUCAAGAUGUUUUUGUGGUUCCAGAAGGCAGCAUUGAAGAUCGCAAAUGAAGAAAAAAGUGAACGUGUCUUUGUUGAAAAUGGUAAAAGUAUUAAAGAACUUGAAUGGAUACAUGGAAAUAGAGUCCUAUUCGCUCGUACGGACCUGUCCUUGCUGCCAAAAAAGCCAGAAUGUAGAGGGAUGGUAACACUGUUACUUCAUGAAAAUAACACCAGCCACUUACCGGAGCAAUUCUUUGCACGCAUGCGUGACCUUAAACUUCUGGGCUUACAGGAAACAAAAAUCAGAGAACUUCCUUCAUCCAUAACCAGAUUAAGACAUCUCAAAGGGCUCUUCCUAUACAACUGCCAUCUGUUAGUACAGCUUCCUCGGGAGAUAAGGGCUCUCAAAAAUCUCCAAAUCCUUGUUGUACAUCAUGCUGGGAUCUAUUCUUUGCCAAGUGAGAUUGGACAAUUGGGAAAUCUAAAAUGUUUAAGAAUUAUAUUCAAAGAAGCUGCCCAGCAAAACCAGGCCACAGCAGAAAGUAGUAUGGGCGUUAAGUGUCUCAACUGCAAAAGAGAAAACACUAAAGGAAAGAUAAUUCCUUGUAAAGUUAUUGAAAAGCUUUCUAAGCUAGAAGAGUCGAGUAUUCAUGUCAGCCCUAUUGACAAAACCUGGCAAGAAAACGCUGAUGUAAUUGGAAGUGAAAUCACGGAGCUGAAAGAACUGACGCAUCUUCAGUUCUACUUCACCAACAUGAAGUCUUUUGUAUGGUUCACCCGGAACAGUAAAUCAUGGAAUGCAAAUGACGAAAAAUCAAAUGACAAAAAAUCAAAUGACAAAAAAUUCAGAUCUUUCAAUAUCUCUAUUGGUCAAGACGAUAGUUCGGCGUCUACAGUCUUUGAAUUCUCAGCUGAAGAGAAUCUCAAGUUUUCUGGAGGAAACGGAUUCCCGGAGGCUGUUUUUGAGGUGCUUAAACGAGCAAUUUCAUUUGAGCUGAUUGGUCACACCACAGCUUGCAACUUAACAGACAACCUUCCUGCUGAUGCAUUCAAAGAGCUGAAGAAGCUGAAGGUUUUCACGGUUGAAGAAUGUACUGAAAUGAAGAGCAUCAUAACCGGUGACGCCAAUCUUACAGGAAAUUCAAUUUCAGCAUCUGGUAUUGAAAAGAGCUUGGCAAUAGCAUUCGAAUGCCUGGAAGAGCUGCAUGUAAGGAAGCUACCAAAAUUGGAGAGUAUCUGGCAGGGAGAGAUAUCAUCGGAGAGCUUUAAGGCGCUCACUACUCUGACAUUAAAAGAAUGUGAUAGUAUAACAAUACUUUUCAAGCUUGAGAUGGUUCGUCAACUCUCGCAGCUAAAAAAUCUUCAAGUUGAGGACUGUAGAGGGAUUCAAGAGAUUAUUGAAACAAAUCUUCAAGUUGAGGACUGUAGAGAGAUUGAAGCCGAAGGUCCAGUUGCAUCAACGUCCUUUACAAGUUUGAAGAAUUUCCAACUAUGUGGCUUGACAAGCUUAUCUUCAAUCUGUGAUGCCUCGUUAGAAUGGCCUUCUUUGGAGACAAUACUGGUCAAGGAAUGUGAAGAUCUAAAAAGCCUUCCACAUAUCUUGCCAAAUGCUUCCAAACUGACAGAAAUUCAAUGCGCUGAAGCUUGGUGGGAGCAACAGGAUUGGCCAGAAGGAGCCCAAGGGCGUUUCAGCAACCUUCACCCUCAGCUGAAUCAUUAACUUCAGCAACCUUGGCCUUGAUGCUAGAUCAGUUGCAACAAAAUGGAAGAAGCAAAAACUGCACUUUUUGGUGCAUCACCCAGCUAAAUAAUUGAGCAUGGCAUAGAUAUUUUAUGUAUUUUAUUUCAGAGCUACAAAGGGCUACAUCUUUAGGUCGGUAUCCUUCUAAAUAAUUGAGUUUGUGGUGCUUACUUUUAUUUUAUCAGAUCCAUCGUUGUUUAACUGUUUUUGAGUCUUCUUGUGGUACUUGAUACCCUAAAUCAAGGCUAUUUAUUAUUAUUAAAAAGGUGGUUUAUAGUUGGUUAGGUUA